UUUCCGUAGUAUGAUUUUGUAUAAAAAGACGUUCUAUUGCAUACUGAUGGGGUUUAGUUAAGACAGUAGCAGUCGCUUGGUGAAGGGUUUGCUCACGCAGGAUUGCCGCAAAACCUUGCCCUACAAAGAUACCCUCAUCAUGGUUCUCUUACAGCAACAGCAGCGGCCCUACGGCCGAGCUGGCGGAGCGCUGCAAGGAAACAAUAGCAGGGUCUCGCCCCGUUGCUUGGCCAUCGCUUCUCCUCGGCUUAUGGCUAUUGAACGACGGGCAAAGUUGAAGGAGGAGCUGAACAAUCCAGUGAAAAUCGGCGCUAGCGGAACGGCCUCGUCCCGGUUCAAGAUCCUGCCUGCCUACGAGCCGCUCCAAAGCUACAUGCUGCUGCCCGUGGAGCAGUACUUUGUGCUCGACCCGAAGCAGAUCGCGCACCUGGGAGGCAACCGCUUUGUGCUGUCGGUGCCUCGAAUCAACAUCUUCAACCUCUACCUGGACGCGGUGGUGGAGGUGACCGUCACCAUCUUCCCGGGCGACCAGGACGCGGCAGCGACAGGGGCCGCAGGAAUACCCGGGAGCAUAUCCACCACCGCCACUUCCACCAAUGGGAACGGCAACGGCGUUGUCCCCAGCCCUAGCAGCAGCAGCCCCGGCCCCAGCAGCAGUGGCGGCGGUCCUCCCCGCGUCUUGCUGCGCGCUGAGAACUGCCGCAUCGGCGGGUGCGAGGCGGUGGAGGCGUUGCAUGUGGACCAGCGCUUCUCCAUGAGCUUUGAAACGGAGCUGACGUGGAGCAGUCGUAGGGGGGGCGGGGGAGGCAGCAGUAGCAGUAGUAGCAGUGGUAACAGUGGAGGUGGCGUUGUCGGGAGUGGGAGC